AUGGCAGGGUCAGCCUUCGGGCUACUUCCUAAUAUAAAGUGUUUCUCUUUCCAGAUUGCCCGACAUGUGAGUGCUAUUCCUUGGGGCAUCUCUGUCCCUGCAGCCCUUAGACCUGCUACUUCCCGAAGAACAUGCCUGACAAAUGUAUUGUGGUCUGGUUCUGGUCAAGCAAAAUUCGCUUUUAGCACCAGUUCCUCAUACCACGCUCCUGCCGUCACCCAGCACGCGCCCUAUUUUAAGGGCACCGCCGUUGUCAAUGGAGAGUUCAAAGACCUAAGCCUUGAUGACUUUAAGGGGAAAUAUUUGGUGCUUUUCUUCUAUCCUUUGGACUUCACCUUUGUGUGUCCUACAGAAAUUGUUGCUUUUAGCGACAAAGCCAAUGAAUUUCACGACGUGAACUGUGAAGUUGUUGCUGUUUCAGUGGAUUCUCACUUCACCCAUCUCGCCUGGAUCAACACACCAAGGAAGAAUGGUGGCUUGGGCCACAUGAACAUCGCACUCCUGUCAGAUUUGACUAAACGGAUUUCCCGAGACUAUGGCGUGCUGUUGGAAGGCCCCGGUGUUGCUCUAAGAGGUCUCUUCAUCAUUGACCCCAAUGGAGUCAUCAAGCAUUUGAGUGUCAACGAUCUCCCCGUGGGCCGAAGUGUGGAAGAGACCCUCCGCUUGGUGAAGGCGUUCCAGUUUGUGGAAACCCAUGGAGAAGUCUGCCCAGCAAACUGGACCCCGGAUUCUCCUACAAUAAAGCCACAUCCAACUGCUUCCAAAGAAUACUUUGAGAAGGUAAAUCAGUAGAUCAUCCCAUGUGUACCCACCUCUUCUCACAUCAGGAAAGAGCUGCAGUUGGAACUCACUUUGAGCAUUUCAAAGAUGAUUAUUUAUAGAAGACAAAACACCAAUUACGCUUGUAUUAAUAAAUAAUACUCUAAAUGUUUUAGUGACUUUGUAACAUUGGCUGAGGCUUUUAAAUGUCCUCACACACUUAAAGCAUCCUUUAUUGGUAACUUCCUGAUGGCUGGCUAGUUUAUAGAAUGCUAGUUUACCUGUUGCUUGGAUUAUCUUUAAUGGAAAGAGGAAACAUUCUUUGUUGGCCUUACGUGAACCUUCAUGUACACCGGAAUAGUACAACACUCACUGAAGCUUCUGAUCAAGGGUCCUGAAAAGUUUCGUCUUGAAUUUCUUUGUACAAAACUGAAUUUUCUUUUAAGGUAACAAAGAUCAUACGUAGUUUUAAGGUGUUAACAUCAGUGGUCUAAUUUAACUCUUGCAAUGAAUGGAUAUGUACUUGAAACAAAUGAGAAUCAUGUUUUUAAAAAACACGGUG